CAACAACAAGGUCGCUAUCAGCCGGUACGCAGAAUCAGAGAGAGGUUUCAACCAACAUUUCUUUAAUAAAACGAACAGCUUGACUUCCAUAACCAUCGCCAAUAUGUCAAAACUACAGUUGUUGAAUGUGUUUGUCACCGAGCGUUUAUCCGCGGCUGCUGUGGAGAUAUUCGGGGUCGUGGAGAAGACCAUAGCAGAGUAUCAGGAAGAAAUAUUCCGUUCAGUGGAGGAGAACGACCGUUUACGGAGGCUGUUGGACAUGGCUACCAAACCAGAAAUAAUGUUACACAGAGCAGACUUCCAGCUACUGUCUCCUGCCGUUCACCCUGAGCAGCAGAACUGUGAGCAGGAGUGGAGCCCCAGUCUAGGGCAGGAGGACCCAGAACCCACACAGAUUAAAGAACAACAGGAGCUCAGACUCAGUCAGGAGGACUCACCUCAGCCCUCACAUCUUUACCUAAACCAAACUGUGGAUGAUGGAGAGAGGAGCGCUCUACCUAUCAUCAUAACUGAAGAGAUCAAAACAGAACCUGAUGGAGAGGGCUACAGAGUACCACAACCAACCAGUGAUCAGCCCCUCUCAGUUCAUCCAGACUGCUCUGCUGCAGUGGAGAAACUAUAUCAGUGUAAACAAUGUGGCAACAGCUUCACAUGUAAGGGACACUUGACCAUCCAUUCAAGGAUACACACUGGGGAGAAACCUUUUCAGUGCAAACAAUGUGGCAAAAGCUUCAUCCAAAAAGGUGACUUGGACAGACAUACAAGGGUACACACAGGAGAGAAUUCAUAUCAGUGCAAACAAUGUGGAAAAAGGUUUAGCCAGAAGGGAAGCUUGACAGUCCAUUCAAGGAUACAUACAGGGGAGAAACCUUAUCAGUGCAAAGACUGUGGCAAAGCCUUCAACCAGAAGAUAGAGUUGACAUUGCAUAUGAGAGCUCAUACAGGAGAGAGACCAUAUAUCUGUCCUGUAUGCAGGAAAAGUUACAUCGCAUUAAGCUAUUUAAGACGUCAUCAGCGUGUUCACACAGGGGAGAAACCUUACCAGUGCAAAGAAUGUUACAAAUGCUUUGGUUAUAAACAUCGCCUAAAAUCACAUAUGAACACUCAUACUAAAGGGCAUAAAUGAUAUUACUGCACUGAGUGCAAUAAUAGCCUGAAAUGAAAACAAUAAAUGAAUACUUUGUCAUUGUGAAUUUCUUAAUAUGUCCAACUUCUGAAUAAAAAUGUUCUGUUUUCUGGCAAUUAACAGAACAAACUGA